AGCGGUUAGACUACGUAGAACACAAGAAGAAGGGAGUGAAAGAAGAAAACUAAAAGAAGGACGAGAGGAGACAACAGUGCUGCUUCUGUGCAGGUUCAAUUGAAACGCAUUUGAGGAACCGGUGAUUGUGGACCAUGCUGAGGGCUUGUCUGAGAGGAGCUAAUGCCACAGCCCGGAAGAACUGCAGGAGAAGUCCUCUAACCAAUCUGCAACAAUGCCGGCACUACACAGCAGGAGAGAGCAGUGGGGCUGCUAAAGUGGUUGCUGCUGGCCUGGUGACAGUAGGCGGGGGCGUUGGAGGUGCAAUACUCUACGCAAAAUGGGACCACAAGUUCAGAGCCGCCGUGGAGAACAAUGUUCCAUACUCAGACUGGCUCCUGGGUUUGGCUCUGGGACCCGCUUCUCAAGGUGGCGUCAAGAAACAGACGGAGAUGGACCAGCCUUCCUCUAUGAUAGAGAAACCGGUGAAGGCACCCAAAGCGAAGAAGGGGAAGGAGGCAGAGAGUCCAGCCAAAGAGACGAGUCCCUUCCCAUCACAGCCUGCACAGAGCAUAGAGGAGGCUUCAGCAGAAGCUAGUCACAUCAUCUCAGCCAUCAGUGAGAUCCCUACAGUCCCUGCUCCAUGUGACACAGAGGCAGCAGCAGUCAAAGAGGAGUGCAAAGAGUGCCAUGACCAUCAGGAGCCUCCAGUGACAGCAAUGGUUCACCCUGAUGCUGAGGCCCCACUGAGAGAGAGACCAGUUGAGGAAGUGGCAGCUAGACUGGCUCAACAAGACCUGGAGGAACAGGACACCGUAGCAUCUGUAUCAGCUAGUCUUGAGGACUUCCUGGCCAGCUCGGCUAAAGCUACACUGCAGGCCAUUGGAGCUCAGGAGACAGCCCUGCAGGCGAUAGCACGGCACACACACUCACUGAAGGAGGCUAUGGAAGCAGAGGUCCCACCUGAGGAGAAGUCGGCCCAGUGGAAGGAUCUGGAAGCCGCUCUAGCUGAUAGAACCUCUGCUGUGAAUGAUGCUGGGACUGCUCUGUUGAAUGCCAAUGAAGCUCUGGACAGUCUCAAGUCAGAGAUUGACAAGUCUAAAGGGCUCAAGGUCUCUGCUGUUCGCCCCCUGGUUUUAGCAGCAGAGGAGAAUCUCCAUAACAUGGUGGUGGACUUGGACAAAGUGGUCACUAAGGUCCAGUCUGCAGAGUCAGAAUCUAAGAUCGUCUCCCAGUACAGUGAACUGGUUAAUGAAGCCAAACUACAGUUCCAGAGGGAAGUAAGCAGCCUUACACCAGAGAUCCAGGCCAACUGGAAGGGGCUCACUGGUAAACUGUCAGCGGAUGACCUGAACGCCCUGAUCGCCCACGCUCACCGUCGCAUUGACCAGCUGAACCGAGAGCUGGCUGAGCAGAGAGUCAGGGAGCAGAUCCACAUUGAUGCAUCGCUGGAGCAGCAGAAGCUGGAGGACCAGAAAGCCCUGGAGAAAGCUGUUCUCACUGCCGUGCAGCACAUCAAGGAGGACACCCGGCUGGAGCAUGAGAGGAAGCUGUCUGAAUUAAGGGACGUGAUGGAGGCAGAGAUGAGGACUCAGCUCAGGCGUCAGGCAGCUGCUCACACGGACCACGUCCAAGAUGUCCUCAAAGUCCAGGAGCAGGAGUUGAGAGCUGAUGCUGAACAGGUCCUGGGCAGCAAGAUGCUGGAGCAGGAGACCUCCUACCGUCAGCUAAGCCAGGAGCAGCUGGAUAACUUCACUCUGGACAUGAACACUGCCUACGCAAGACUGAAGGGGAUGGAGGAGGCCAUAGACAGCCAUGUGGUCGCCGAGGAGGAGGCCCGCAAAGCCCACCAGCUCUGGCUCUCUGUGGAGGCUCUCAACUACUCAUUAAAGACGGUGGAGGCUGACUCCCCCACUGUGCCUCUGGAGGGCGCUGCUCAGGCCGUGCGAGACAGCUGCCACGACAAUGACUUUGCCUUGGCUCUGGCAACGGCCCUUCCGGAAGAAUCCCUGCAGCGCGGCGUGUACAGCGAGGCCUCCCUCCGCGCCCGCUUCAACUCCCUUCGAUCGCUGGCCCGCCGCGUCGCCCUCGUCGAUGAAACUCACAACUCCUUGUACCAGUAUUUCUUGUCCUACCUUCAAGCGGCACUGCUGUUCGAGGCCAAACAGGAAGCCCCGCCCAGCCAGCUGAGUGGAGAGGAUUUAGACCCAUUCAAGCUUCUGUCAUAUGCUAGCUUCUGCUUAGAGCAUGGGGAUCUGGAGCUGGCAGCUAAACUGGUCAACCAGUUGAGAGGAGAGGCCAGGAGAGUGGUGGAGGACUGGCUGACUGAAGCCAGACUUACACUGGAGACCAGGCAGGUGGUCAGUCUGCUGUCUGCUUAUGCCAAUGCUGUGGGGCUAGGGACCACCCAGGCUCCCUAGGUAGCCACGCUUGUAACCUGGCAACCAUCCAUUGAAAGUCCCUCUGUUGAGCUGAUGUUUGAUGCUCACUAGAGAUUAUCAGUGGUGUAUUCCUCGAAGUUAACCAAGUGAUUUAUGUUCAGAUGUCACAUCAUUGUUUUAAAGUCACUAUGGAGGAUAUUUUGAAUAAUUGAAUUAAUGCACUUAUCAAUCUAGUCUUGUCAAUUUCGAUCCACAGGUUUGGGUCAGGUAUUUAUUCUGCCUCCCCCUAAAUCCCUCCCCUACCCCCACCCAGCCCUCCUCUGACCCUGAAUGAAGCCUCACACUAAAGAAUACGCCAUGCUGCAUUUCUUUUUGUCAAUACUGCACCAAUAAAUCAUAAACUAUG